GCGCGCAGCCCCCUCAGAGCAAGCAGGUACUUCCGAACACCGAGACCGCCGGCGGUCAGCCCGCUCAACCUGCUGGCCAACAUUCGGAUCUCCCUCAUGCCGUUGCCGCGCCUGGCGCCACCUCCGCUUUGACGCCAGCCGAGCAGGCAAUGCAAGUGCUCUACGACGAGUCGCUCUCCCUGGAAGAGCGGCUGGGCAAGCUGUGCGGCUCGAUGCGCCUCCAGGGCAUGAUGCGGUGCUUCUGCGACGGCGCUGGGAAAAGAACAGUGCCCUGGUUCUACAGGGACUCGUCGGGCAAGUGGCAGCCAACCAUUGUGACUCACCCGCUCAAUGCGCGGCGCCACCAGGCAAUCCAGCGCAAGUACAUGAUAAGCUUCAUGGAUAAGGGCGUCAACAGAGGGGUCGGAGGCGAGCCAUGGUUGGUGUACAGCGAGAACGACUCGUUCCCCCUCUACGCCAUCACAUGGGGCACCCGCUGCAGAGCGUUUUACGACGCAGUCGAGCAGUGCAUGAUCACGAGGAACUCUGACGGCCCCCCAGGCACGUUCAACAACGCGUUCAUCGCAGACGCAUAUCAGAGAGGCCUGCCUGACUGUAUUCUGCUGGGUUGGAAGAUCCCAAUCAACUGCCUGAAAUGGUUGAGAGAUUAUCAUAACCUUUUUCAUGACGGAGCAACGUAUUCAUUCCUUGAGCUCUUGAGAGAGAUCGACGAAAUGGAGAGCGCUUGGGCAGCAUACAAAAAGAAGAUGGGCAUCACCGCGAGGAUGGGAGCUGGGAAGAAGAGUGAGGGCGACGACAGCAAGACGAAAUCAUAUGAGCAGCUCUAUUGGGACUUCAUCAAAAACAAUUACGAUGGGAAGCUUUCAUCAUGGCGGUUCUACGACAUCACGAAGGCGCUGGUCCACCACAUGACGAAGCAGAAUGUGAUGGACCCGUUCAUGACCCUCUGCGACGAGCACCUCGACUGGUUGGAGCCGACCUUGAGUACUGACAUCAUCGUGCCGAUGCUGCAUUCGUGGGCUGUGCUGCUUACGACGUCGCUGUCAACGUACGACUCGUUCACGUUGUUGAAUGACGACGUCGAAUCGCUUAUGGGCGCGCUCAUGAUGGAGGGCUUCAAAUUCUGUGUCCCCUUGCUGGAAACGGGGGGGAUCAGGAAUGCCAAGAACCAGCCCUGGUUCUUCUGCAAAUCCGAGAAGUCGAAGACCGAUUUGAUGCGGCGGAUCAUGGUGGCCAUGACAGACAGUAAGGUCUACAAGGAUACCACUGGGAAAGUUCUCCAGCUCGAUCGGAAGUCGAAGAAGCCGAGGAGGGGGCCCGAUCCAAACCCGCCGCCCCCCGCCGCUGAAGUUCUCCGUCUCGACGUUACUGACAACAAGGGGCAGACGAGGAAAGCCCGUUGGAUAGAUGAUUUGAUGGCGUGCAUCAAAUACGGCUUCGACGUUGCGAGGCAUGACGGGACGUUCUCUGCCGUGCCCGCAGCCGUGCGGCACACGAUUGCGUGCAAGGUGAUUGGCAUCGGGCUCCACUUCUGUUUCGCUGGCAGAGUCACCGUGAACAGCCGCACCUACGACGCCUGGUCGAAGCUCAGGAAGGUGCUCCGUGACAUGAUCAUUCAAUCGCACGUUGUGCACAUCGAGCUCUCCGGGUCCUCAUCGGGCGCGCCUGCAGUGACCGCGGGCGACCCCGCCGACGAAAUCCUGCGCAGAGUAUUGGUCUCCUCGACGGUCGAUGAGAACGCGACGGCGACGGAGGAGAAAAUCACAGAGUUCUUGUCGGACCCCGGCGCUUCCGCAGGCAUGGUUGAUUUCUUCACAGGUUACGGUGCGUCGACUCCAUUAGCUAUGAACCAGGAUUACAUUGCCUUGCAGGCUGCCACCUUCGAAGCCCUCAAGCAGAAGGCGGGGGAUGACUCCACUAUCGGCCUCAACAGUGCCCUGACGGUCAUCAUCAACUGCGUGAACCAGCUAUUCCAUUUCGAAUGGAUGCACUUCUUGGGGUUAGUAUGCGACUGGGUGUCGGCAAGUGGCUCGCUUCCUGCUUGCGUGCUCGAUGUGUUCGCCGCGCCCGAAAUUGUCGAGGCAUUGAUGGGCGCCCGCGCCAAGUACGUCAUCAAUCUUCUGAUCAACUUGUGCUCGACUGCUGCGGGUACUGCGGUGAUUACGCUGACAGUGUUUGAGCCGCUGACGAGAGUGAGUAUGGAAAUUGUAACGCAGCUCUUUCGCAACCAGAGGGUGGAGGAAGAGCUCGUGCUAGUAGACGUCGCGUGCCGUGACUCGCUGGAGCAAUGGGCCACCAUGUGGGAGAAGUGCAUCGUUGCCUUGAGCGGCUACACUGGGGCGACCGCUGGAAUGGGGGCCACGAAGCCGAUCAAGGAGCUUUGCGAGAUGCUCGCUAGCUUGCGACCUGGUGGUGAUGGCGAUGGCGAGGACGGGAGCGCUGAUAACGCUGCUCCUGCUGAAGCUCCAACUCCAGCUGCCGCGACCUCGCAGGAUCCCGUAGCUGCAGCGGCUGCGGCGGCCAACCAGUUAGUUCUGGCGGAUGAGCGUAAUAAGGCUGACAUCGCCAAGCUGAAGCUGAUGCGCUUCGACGACAUCUGGGACCUCCAAGGUGGGAACGCGGUGUCGUUCAUCCGCAUACAGACCCUGGUGGAGGCCAAGAUCUGGGAGACCUGCGGGACCUCUUGCAAGGAGCUCAUCGCCACAGACGUUUCGGAGAAGCCCCACCGCUUGUACGUGCUCCCCGGGGCCGAAGAGAUGGAGUUGGGCUUCGCAGGCCAGGUGACUUCGAUUCCCCCGAAGGCCACGUCCAAACACUUCAAG